CACAGCAAAGGAGAGGGAAGAGAGCAGGAAGGCACUACACAAGCUGAGCCAAGCCUGCAGCAAGGCGGAGAGGAUAAUAUUCGAGUGGCUGGAGAUUCAAGAAAUAAAGGUUCUGUCUUUAGGAUUUAACUAAAACUCCUAUUCUAAUGUGAGAGGCAAAAUAGACUACCUGCUUUCACCUCUCAAGCUGAAUGUGACACUGGGCCAUAGGAUUUUAAACCAUCAGUUGACUUGAACAAAUGAAGUAACUUUCAAACAUCAAGAAAGAAAAGCCUGAAACGACAAGAUCAAUAUGGCCAUGCCUGAGAAAGCAAGCUGUACUAAACCAAGGGAGGAUUUCGGUCAUUUUCCAGAGAUUAUUGAACUCAACGUUGGUGGUCAGAUGUACAUCACUCGCUAUAUUACUUUAGUUAGUGUUCCUGGCUCCCUGCUCUGGGAAAUGUUCAGUGAAAAUAAUCCUUGCUCCCUAACCCAGGACAACAAAGGGAGAUUCUUUGUAGACAGAGAUGGUUUCCUCUUUCGUUAUGUGCUAGACUACAUGAGAGACCGUAAACUAGUGCUUCCUGACUACUUUCCAGAGUGUGGCCGGCUCCAGAGAGAAGCAGAAUACUUCAAGCUACCAGAGUUAGUGAAGAUGUUGGCUCCUAAAAUCAACAAGGUCAAGUCAUUUGGCAAUGAUUUAUGCCAAAGUGAUGUAGAAGAGCUUUCCACCAACACUGACCUCACAUAUAAUAUCUCUUCAAGUAAUAACAUCCAAGUUAGUGGCCCUGAUAACACCCCAGCUCUGACAGUAAACACUGGUUCUGACCUCAAGAAGGCAGGUUUCAUCACUAUUGGCUAUCGAGGCUCCUAUACUCUGGGUAGGGAUAGCCAAGCAGAUGCCAAAUUCCGCCGUGUGGCCCGAAUCAUGGUGUGUGGUAAGACUUCAUUGGCCAAAGAAGUAUUUGGAGAUACUCUAAAUGAAAGCAGAGACCCUGACCGUCCUCCUGAGAGGUACACUUCUCGAUAUUACCUCAAAUUUACCUUUCUGGAACAAGCCUUUGAUAAAUUAGCUGAUGCUGGCUUUCACAUGGUUGCAUGCAACUCCUCUGGCACCUGCACUAUCACCCAUGACCAAGCAGAUGACAAGAUCUGGACCUCUUACACUGAAUAUGUUUUCUGCCGGGAGUGAUACUGAAAAGAAAGUCACCCAGAAAAUACAAAGAAAACAGCCAACUUUCUCUCCCUUCUGUGUUCCUGUGCCAACCAUCCUUUUUAGAAAUAAACAUGUUAAUUUUUGAUCCAUUAAAUCUUGGACAAUCCCACUCCCUUCACCAUAACCAGUUGAAUCUUUUUUGGAAACUUUCUUCUUACAUAUUCCAUUCUAUCUGGCUUCCAACCUACCUUGGAUUGGCGAGUUGAUUGUCAUUUCAGGAAAAGUAUUCAAUGUGUAGGCAUAUGUGCAUGCAAAACACUGUAAGUAUUAGAGAUGUAUUUGUUGAGUGAAUGCAGUUAGAUAAACCCACAAGAUUUAGUUAGUUAAGAUAUAUUAAGCCAUAGUUUCCAAACUAGUUCUCAGCACAAUAUCUUGUAAUUGCUUACAUACUUUGUUACCUGUACUCUCCUAAGGAAAGCCCCAUGUAUACUUAUUUUGAACUGGAGUCCCCUAUAGUAAAUGUGAAUAUGCUUUGUAAACUGUUACUGCUAUUCUUUUUAUCCAGACAGAAUGGAAGAAACUGAUGUGCAUCCUCCCAGGAGGUUCAUAGGAAGUUCAAUCAGUUCUAAAAUUAUUGAUUAUUCUUGUUAGAAGAAAGAUAUAAAAAAGCAGCCAACAAUGCCAAGAAUAAGAGGCUUAGUACUUGAAUUGCAUAAUGACUAUUACACAGGCAUAGGUGGGUAUGCCACUUUAAAAGAUUGUGUUAAAAUAUCUUUUUUUAUUAAUUAGAAUUGAAACAUAAAAACAUGUACCUAAAGGAAGUUUAAGCAAAUAAUUGCUGUUUUCAAAUACACAUAUGUAGUAGUUUGAUUUCCACUAAGUCAAACAAUUGGAUGUAUGUCAACUGUUAACUUAUGCCAGAUUAUGUAUGUGUGUGUGUGUCUUGGGUAUCAGUGGGAAAAGGAGGAUGAGGAAGAUGGACAAAAAGAAUUUCAAAAAAAGGAAAUAAAAGUUCAUCUUCUGAAAUGACUUCCAUACAAAUGACUUUUGUUACAUGGGUUGAAAGAAAAAUCUUCAUAUGAAAACACCAGAGUUUGAUACAAUGAUACAAAUGAUUAGGUUGCUGGAGAAUAUGAGACAAGUCAAGAAAAAGAAACUUUGAAGGCUCAUUAAAAAAAAAAAACCUUUAUCUCUUCUGAGUACCUUUAUAGUAACUCAAUGACCAAAUGGCCUUCUAGUUUCUUUAUUCCUUCCUUGAUGCCUCUUAUUUACCCCAUGUCUCUAUUGCAUUUGAUAUCUUUUGAUUCGUUUCCUAGUUGGGACUCUGGGUUUCAAGGAAUUAAAACCCAUUCAAUGUGUCUUGAGAAAAAUAAAAUGCACAUGUGUGAAGGGUGUGAGCGGGUGGACAUUUUAUAAAUGCACCUGUCCUGUUGAGUCCAAAGAUAAAAAUUGAGUCUGAUCAAGUUUCGGAUGUUCUUGGGAGAUGUCAAGAACUGAUGUUCUCUCUUGUCUGUCAGAGGCCGUAUGACUUUUCCUUUGAUCAUUUGAGUCUGUCAGCUCUAUAUUUUUCUCUCCACAUCUUGGGAUCAUUUAUUCAGUUUAUAUAUGCCAUAGAACAGACAUAUCAGCCUCUCAAUGAGCAUGAGAGGCUGAUUACCUCAAUUCAGCCAUUACCUCCAUAGUUAACUUCUGUAGUGACACGCUAAUUCAAAAAACCUAAAUUAGCUGUGGCUUAACAGGGAGAGUCUGAAUGGGCAGAAGGCACUGUGGGUGUGGACAACCAAAACUCCAACAGGGAACUGUUAUCAACAUUUCUAAAUAAAUUACUACCUGUGCCUGAAACAGUAAACAAUAAGUAUAUAACAUGUAAAAGACUCUGAUUGAUAUUUCCAAAGCUCUCAGAGUCCAGACUGACUACUAAUAGAUUUUAGAAUGUGGUCAGGAGUCAUUUAUGAUCUUCCAAUCUAGCUUUGCAAAUACCCUUUUGACAAGUUACUGCCCUAGAUGGGCAACAUUUUAGAUUCUAUAGAGAGGUGUUUCCCAAACUCAGCCUCUUGUGUACCAUUCUCAUGGCUUUACCAUCCCCUUAUCCCUUAUGCACUAUUAAUCUAAUCUUUUAAAAAACUGAGCUAGCCCUGGCUGGCAUAGCUCAGUGGACUGAGUGUGGGCCUGUGAACCAAAGGAUCAUGGUUUGAUUCCCAGUCAGGGCACAUACCUGGGUUGCGGGCUGGUUCCCAGCAGGGGAUGCACAAGA